GGAGGCCGACAGGAAGAGAAAGAAAAAGAGAAGGCGCUGUCCCGCUCUUGCUACGGUGGCCUGGAGGAGUGGCGAAACCGGAACAAGAGAAUUUAUCACUUUCUGGGACUCACAGUCGUGAUGUCUUUCAAGAGAGAAGGAGACGAUUGGAGUCAACUCAAUGUGCUCAAAAAAAGAAGAGUCGGGGACCUCCUAGCCAGUUACAUCCCAGAGGAUGAGGCGCUGAUGCUUCGGGAUGGACGCUUUGCUUGUGCCAUUUGCCCCCAUCGACCGGUACUGGACACCCUGGCCAUGCUGACUGCCCACCGUGCGGGCAAGAAACAUCUGUCCAGCUUGCAGCUUUUCUAUGGCAAGAAGCAGCCGGGAAAGGAAAGGAAGCAGAAUUCAAGACAUCAGAAUGAAUUGAGGAGGGAAGAAACCAAAGCUGAGGCUCCUCUGCUAACCCAGACACGACUUAUCACCCAGAGUGCUCUGCACAGAGCUCCCCACUAUAACAGUUGCUGCCGCCGGAAGUACAGACCAGAAGCCCCUGGUCCCUCUGUCUCCCUUUCCCCUGUGCCACCCUCAGAGGUCGAACUCCAAAGUGAAAAGAUCAGUAGGGAACCUGAACCUGGGGCUGGUCCACAGGCCGAGGAGUCAGCAACUGUCUCAGCUCCUGCACCCAUGAGCCCAACAAGAAGACGAGCCUUGGACCAUUAUCUCACCCUUCGAAGUUCAGGAUGGAUCCCAGAUGGACGAGGUCGAUGGGUAAAAGAUGAAAAUGUUGAGUUUGACUCUGAUGAGGAGGAACCACCUGAUCUCCCCUUGGACUGACACCCUUUUCCCAUUCAUUCACAAAUACACUACAAUGGGUGCUAAGAACUUAA